AUGAAGAGGCCUUCAAUAUUAUACGGCUUGCUGACGAACAUCCUGGUCUACACGACUGGGGCAACUUUUACCAGUGAGGAUUUCAUUUGUGGUAAACGUAUUAUACUCAAACACGCCGUAUCAAGGACAGUAAACAUUGCCUGUGCUAGUAUAAAGGGAUUCACUAAGUCGAAAAUAACCCCGUUUGUUUACGAUGGCUCAUCUACUUUCUUUGUUUCCGAUGCUGCUCUCUUCGCCUGGCCUAUUAUACUUCAAAACGGACCACAUUCCAGAGCACCUUCUGAAGAACUUCGGUUGAUCAUAGACUCAAGCUGCAAUCUUUUCGGAAUCGUCAUGAAAUCCAAAAACUAUCCAGAUAGACGCUGCUACAGGCCUGUAGAACAACCUAGUAGAGAUGAUGCUUCUGACAGCCAUGCCUCUAGAAAUCUACCCCAGUUCCGCGGUUACAGAUGUGGAAACAAAAUAUUUGGCCAUUUAGAUAUAGAAAUUAUCCUGAAAGGUACCCUUGGUAACUACCAAUUAUGGCAAUAUGACGGCCAUCAAAUUGGUUACUAUGGUCUCGAAGAUAUCGACAGGCUAUAUGGAGAAAGUGUUCUGUUGCUACCUAGCCAAGUUGCCAAAAUUCCUGAAGAGAUCAGACAAAUGCCUUCAAAUCCCCAACUUAUAGUAAUGAAUUCUCGGCAGCAGCUAGUCGGCAUGGUCAACAAAGUGGGCAACCAGUGGGAAAAAUGUCUGGACCUCUGGGAAAAAAAGCCGGAACGUCCCCGGGCCGCGGAAAGUACAAGAAAUUCCAUAGGAGAGUGGCUUUUCAGUGGUGUGAGCCAGUAUGGAUGCGGUAAAUUUGUGUAUUCACGCGAAUCUGUCAAUAGUCACAUGCAGGUAGCUUGCGCGUUAAUAAAUCCGCCAAAAAACUCCAGAACGACUACGUGGAAUAUUUAUCUUACGUCGAUGGGAGUAAUACCCUCCAUAGGAAAUUAUAGAGUCUGGAAAAUGGAUUUGAAACUUCCAGAAAAUGAUAAUUACAGCCUUGUGAAAGAGGAAAGAUUGGCGAACAAUGGUGCCAUUAUUCUUGAUCAAGAAUGUAAUUUUCAUGGGGUUUAUUGGCACACUGCCAGAGACCUUACUCCAUGCGAAAACCUGUCACUUUCAGAAUUGUCUUAA